AAACGGAAGGGGAGGAGCUAUCAUCCCUCCCCGACUUUCCUCUCUCUAGAGCUCUGACCGUUGGAAAUAUAUAAACGGCCAACUCUACCUCAUUGCACAAGUCUCUGACAGCAAGGCCGACACGAUCUCGACGGUCACGCUUAUAAACGGCGCAAAAGAAGAACGGUUGAAUUCCUACUAGAAUCUAGGAAUGUACCAACCAAGCAUGGGACAGUAGUACGCCAAUCUGGACCAUAAUGCAUUAGUGCUAGUCCAUCAUACGCUACAUACCAAAGAUCUACUUGUCAUAUUGCGCAUGUCAGAGGGCAGAUUUUUUUCUAAUGCAUUCUGCUCGUCAUGGAGAUUGCCCAAGAUUUGACCUGUCCGGUAUGUCUGGAGUUCUACACACUGCCCAUCAUACUUCCGUGCGGACACGUCCUGUGCCGGACGCCGUGCGCUGAGACAAUCUUAGAAGCCAAUUUUAUCCGUUGUCCGGUCUGUAGAGACAACUGCUACGUUCAUAAUGGACUUUCCAGUUUACCAAGAGUUCUUUCCCUUGAAAGCAUCAUCAGCAAGCAGAAGCAGACGAACCUGAAAGGCGCCUCUUUAAAUGGAAUCGAUGCAUGCGCAGAGCAAAAAUUAAAACAUGAAAGUGAUAGUGCAAGAUCAAAUCAAGAUUUCCCGCUCGAGUCUAAGAGGACAGAAGCUGAACGAGAGAUACAGUCUCCAUUGUGGACAACCUGUGAUCCGCCCACGACUUGUUCCGCUCAACUAACGUAUGUGUUGACGCUCUUGCAACAAUCAAGUGCAGACAUUCCCGUUUCCUUGUCGUGCUCUGGUCACGUGUCCACAUUAGUCCAGUCGUCUGUUAGCUUGUAUUUAAACAACCAAUCAGAAACUGGCGCGCAAUCGAGACUCUCACGCUCUUCAUUGACAAUGUCGGAUUCAUUGACACCCAAUCCACAUUUCUAUCCCCUAUUCGACUCUUCCAUUAACCUCCCGAGUCGGCCUAUCACUAAAUUCGACCUACUUCUGCCCAUCUAUAAAUUACUUCCCCUGACGGCGAGUAGCGGAUAUGAACAUGUCGUCAAAGGCGACGAUGAUGACGACACAUCCUCUGACGCUGAUAAAUGUCUGCUCCAUUCUUUAGUCACGUGCAGUUACCCAAAGUCCUCUGUAGCCCCAUGUGAUAAUUUAAACAGUGCACCAUCUUUGUUGACGCCGAAAUCGACUAAUAAAAUCACGAGCGAGGAUAAUAUUCAUUUCCAGGAAGAGGAGCCUGAACUGAUUUCGUCACAAUCUCAAAAGUCGUCCCUGGUUGAUACUGAGCCAAACAGCUUAGGAUCAGAGUGUCAGAUGGCAGUUCAGUGUUUGGCCAAAUAUAAUAAAGUCCCAAAGAAGCCAGUCUUGGACCUCCACAUGUCCUCCAGAAGUAGUGAUUGCGUUGUACUCGCCUUAGCUCCGCCCACAGUUGGUGACGUCAUCGAUGGUUACGAAGUUGUCUUCGGCACGUGGGAGCAGGUACAGUUGAAUAUGGAGGAGACAGUCAGAGCUCGCUUGAGUGACAGCGUCAACGAGGCUUACUGUUUUAUUCCAAUAGAGAACCUCUGCCAAUCGACUCGCUACUUCUUUAGUGUCACAGCUGUAAAUCAAGAAGGUCAUAGUCCUAGUAGUGACCCUGUCCACUGCAGAACCCUUGACCCACAAGACAUCCAUCUCCAAGUGCCAAUCAUUCUUGAGAUUCAAAGCCACACCUCCAGUCGAUCAGCCACUGUUAUCACAAGUCAGCGGAGGCAACACCAAAGGGAGAUGACUAAGCUAUUUCUCCUACACAGGAAAGAGGCAGACGUGGGAACAUCUUUCACGUGGUCGGGAACGAGGAUUGAACGUGAGCGCUGUCGACACGAAGUGGAGAACCUGCAGCCCGACACAGAGUACCAGUUCAUUGUCAUGGUGGUGGGUGAGGGUGGGCGAUGUCAACUGUCGGAAAAAUUGUGGCUAAAAACGAGUGCUUCAUAAUCCUGUCAUGCCAUUCUUCAAGUUACGCCACUGACUAGAGUAUAAUGCUACUUCUUCAAGUUACGCCUCUGACUAGAGUAUAAUGUCGAGUUUUGAAAUCACGCAACUGACCGCAGUAUAUUCCCAUCUUAACGUUAUGUCCCUUACAAGAGCUGCUGCCACUGACUUGUGUAUAAUGCCACCUUAAAGUUCUGCCACUGACUAGAGUAUAAUGCCACUUUGAAGUCAGACUAGUGCAGUGUUUUACAAAUUUUUUCUUAAAUGGAACACUUAUUCGUACAUUCUGUAUUUAGCGGAACACUUUGCUUAUCUUUUAGAGAGAUCAAUUCACGUGGUGGCCAGAACAGUUUAAUCUCACCAAACAAAUUUUGGACAGAUGGCCUUAAGGUAAGGCCAGGUUUAAUCAGUUAAUUGAUCCAAGAUCGAGUCCAUUCUUUUCCUAGUACGCUGUGUGAUGGGAAAUUAGCUCAGAACCUACAAGUCGUCCUUCAAAGAAGAUUAUAAAGGCGUAUCCAUGUGUUAAUCAUGUCAUAAAUACUAGAGAAUUUUGGAGGAUUUGGGCAAAACAUUUUCCAUAUUGCGGUGUCUUGAAAGAGUAUUAAAUAUAAUUUAUAAUUGCUUAUUAGGGAUUCUCGCUUUAAGAGCUUAUCACAGACUAACAUUAGGCUGGUACCUAUUUACGCUUUGAUUUUUGAAAGAUACUGUUUACUAGUCCCCCGGAAUGGCCAAAAGACAGAGAAGAAUGGAGAAAGACGGUCGACGAGUAUUGCAUGGUGCCCCAACUGUGCAAUAGUCUAUAGACUAAAGGAUAGGUAAAGGUAAAGAUAAAUAUUAUCAUUAUUUUAGUGCACAAUGAUUUUUAAAUUUUAUUUUUUUUCAACGAUCAAAACAAGACUAUGGCUUGAAUAUUCCUAAUCCAUUGGUGAAUUUGAUUGGGGCCGCCUCUGAGUUUGUGUGAUAACGCAAACUCUCUUUGUAAACUUUUUUUUCUCCAAAUUCGUUUUUAUAAAGUCUUUUUUUGAUUUAAUAGAAAUUAAUAUUAUCUUCAUUUUUCUCUUGUUACUAUGACAAUUCUUUUAUACUUCUCUAAGUGUCGGUAGAUACUCGGCACUCUCUCGUACUAUUUCAUGAACAGUCAAAGAGCGACAACUGGGCUACCAGCAGAAGUAAAAAAAAACCACGAAGCCAUUUGAGACAACGAGAGCUCAAAACAACGGCAGUCACUCAUGAUAGCUUUUCCCAAUUUGUUUCCUUCGUAUAUUUGCUAUUACGUCCCUUGUUAUACUUUUAUCCACCCGUUAACAAAAUACUACAAAUUGACCCCAGCAGGAGAUGAUAUCUGGUAAUAGCAUGUACUGGUGACCCGUCGCAACCUGGGAAAGAAAUGUGUUACUUGUUUUUAACCAUUUACAUAUUAUAGUAGACAAAGAGAAAUAUUAACAAUAGAAUACAUAGGCCUACUUUAAUAUAUAUAUAUUAAAAUAUUUAACUUUGAAAUUUCUAUCAAUAAAUUCUGAAAAUAUUGAUGUAUAGUAAUGGCUGUGCAAGAUAAAGAAAUUAUAUAAUAGAAUCCCCGAGCAUUAUAUAAAAUUUAAAAACAGCUAUGGAUUCUGGGAAGGGACAAAUGUAACUGUUCUAAAUCUAAAUGUAGGUCUACGUCACGUCAUUAGGACAACACUUUGAUAUAAAUAACUGAAAAAAUAAUUUGCUAUUAUCUACAAACCUUUUUUUUUCUCUAUCUUCUAAUUUGUUACAACAAUUAAAUGGCAGAAUGAGGAGAGAAGAGAUUAUGCGCUAAAUAAAACAUUCAAUACAUUACAACGA